UCUCUCCUCUCACACAAGUGUUUUUACUGUACCAGGAAACAAAACACAGAAAAAUACACAAAACCAAUGUGCAGAGGUUACGGCACACGCUUCACUUUGCUCCCAUGGCCAGUGAAGAGGAAGAACAAAUUGGAAACUUAAUUCAGUUUAAGAAGGAAGAUUUUGAUGGGGAUUGGACGCCAGUGGCAUUAGGAGGUUUUGGACAGGUGUACAAAGUAAGGCAUAAGAAAUGGUGGGCAGUGUAUGCUGUGAAAUGUUCCAACUCGUUCCUUGGGAAUGCUGGACUGACAAGCUCAGCGUACAACACUCUGAUUGAUGAAGCAAACAAGAUGGAAAAGAUAAAGUUCCGAUAUAUAGUUCAGAUUUAUGGAAUCUGUACAGAUCCCCUGGGGAUCGUGAUGGAAUAUAUGGAAAAUGGAUCCUUAGAGAAACUUCUUCCAACACAUACGCUCAGCUGGAACCUGAAGUUCCGCUUUGUACAUGAAAUAGCGCUGGGUAUGAAUUUUCUCCACAUGAUGAACCCCCCUCUUCUUCAUUUGGACCUGAAGCCUGGAAACAUCCUACUGGAUGAGCACCUUCAUGUCAAGAUUUCUGACUUCGGAUUAUCCCGGUGGAAAGAACAUUCUACACAUAUGGAAUAUAUUGAACGAUCAGCCAUUAGGGGGACAUUGAACUACAUACCGCCUGAGAUUUUCUUGCAGAGUAGUCGAGUUCCAGGAAUCAAGUAUGAUGUUUACAGCUAUUCCAUUGUUAUAUGGGAGCUUCUUACUCAAAAGAAACCUUAUUCAGGUGCCAGCAUGAUGAACAUCAUUGUGAAGGUGGCAGCCGGACAACGGCCCUCUCUGGAGGACAUCUCAGAGGAGCGCCCCAUAGAAUGUCAACAGAUGAUCGACUUAAUGCAAAGAUGCUGGAACCAGAACCCCAAUAAAAGGCCAUACUUUGAAGAUAUCAUCCGUGAGACACACAUGUUACUCUGCUUAGUGCAAAGCCCGUUACCUGACUCCAAAAAGGAUCCAAACCUCUUCUUGCCUCCUGAUACGCAGUCACCGACUGGAAAAUCAAAGCCUUCUAGUUUUGAAUUCCAAGACAGUGUCAUCAUGUGUAUGUCAGAUGUAUCCUGUGCCGAUGAAAAUAACUUCACUUUACUCCACUUUGCUGCAAGUGAAGGAGAUCUUGAGAAAGUGAAGCAUUUUCUCAGCCUCAGACUUGAUGUGAAUUGUAGUUCUUCCAACGGAUACACCCCUCUUAUAAUUGCAGUACAAAAAAAGAGGUUAGAUAUAUGCACUUAUCUAAUAGAAAAUGGAGCAGAUGUCAAUAUAGCUGACAAGGACAAAUGGUCUCCGCUUCAUUUUGCAGCUCAGAGUGGAGAUGACAGAAUUGCUAGACUAUUGUUGGAUCAUUCAGCCAUAGUAGAUGCAAGAGAAUUUGAUGAAUGGACUCCGCUUCACUUAGCAUCACAAAAUGGCUUUGAGAAUAUAGCUCGGCUCCUUUUUAGUCGCCAUGCUGAUCCGAACUGUCAGGAGGUAGAAGGAAAAACUGCCCUUCAUAUGGCUUCUUAUUUUGGUCAUUAUGAACUAGCUAGGUUAUUGGUUAGCCAAGGAUCUGAUCUAGACAGGAGACAGAAGAACAACAGAACUGCUCUUCACAUUGCUGCUGAAAAAGGACAUUUUAGAGUGGUGCAACAUCUCAUACAAAAAGGAGCAAAUGUGAACUGCAUUGAUGAAUGCUAUUACAGUCCUCUGCAUAUGGCAGCAAUCAAGGGUAAGAGUAUGAUUUGUAAACAGCUGAUAAAGAAUGGAGCCCACGUCAAUGGGAAAAACCAUCAAGGAUGGACACCUAUGCACCUUGCAGUAUUCAAAGGAAACACAGAAAUAAUUAAUUUACUCAAAGAGAAUGGCGCUCAAGUGGAUGCUGUAGGAGACAUGAUGUGGACUCCACUCCAUUUGGCUGUACGUUACUGUGAAGAUUCUGUCAUUUCUCAUCUCCUUGACCUUGGCGCUGACCCAAAUAUUGCUGAGAUGUCAGGCUGGACAGCGCUGCACCUUGCUGUUCAGAGAGCUGCCUUCUGUUGCAUUGUUAACCUUCUAGAACACAAAGCAGAUGUAGAUGCAAAAAAUAUGUUUGGCUGGACUCCAUUACAUGUUGCAGUGUUAAAUGCUAAUGCAGCAAUCAUAAAGACUCUGAUACUCGCUAAUGCUAGCCUGGGAGCAGAAGACAACACUGGAUGUAACCCCCUUCAGUUAGCCAUUAUAAAUAGAAAACAUGACAUUGUAGCUCUACUUGAGGGCAAGGACAAUGUUUCCAGUAGCUCUGAUGAAACUGGUGAAGAACAAGGCCCUUACCUGCAUUUCUCAGAGUAGAUUCUAUUAUCCUGGUAUAAAUUAGCAGACCAUGGAUAUAAAUAAAGUAUGAAGUGAGUAGGGCCUCUAAAAGCAAAUGUUUAUUUAAUUAAACAGAAUAGAAAUCAAUGAAGUAAACUAGAUAGGAAUUUAUAGUCAAAUUACAAAAACAAAAAGGCCUAAUACAGUCCAAGCUUGGUAUCCAAGGCAAAACAUAAAGUGUAGGCAGAGAGUUAAGGCAGGGGGGCAACCAGAUUUGAGUCAAAGUCUGAAACCAAAAUUGUUCCAUAGUAGAGUCACAAGGGAAAAGCAGAGGCCCUUAGCAUCCAUUAAUUAAUGUUUGGGGACAGUGAUACAACAUCGGCUGCAGAAAUGUAAUAUUGUAAAAACAAUUGUUUGUGAAGUACCAUCCCCUGCUAUAGAGAAACCAAAUGUACAAGAGUAGAAAGAUCCUGCAUCAAAUAGGGUCAAAGAAUACAAAUCAUGCCAGAAGCCUGAACUGUAUACUGACUUCUAAUAAGGGCACAGUGAGUGACCUAGCACAGCUGUGUAAUUAUGAGAAACACUGAUUGUGUGCGCGUUAACAUGCGCAUGUGCAUAUAUUUCACCACGCGUUUCACCUGAGUUUCAUGCAUUUUUAUAGGAUAAAAACAGAAUUCCAACAUUUGAAGAAACAUUAUCCAUAUUAUAUUAAAAAUAUGGUAAAUAAACACUCAAUUUAGGAUAAACCACGUCAAUAUGAUAUUAACAGUUUUCUAAUGUAAAUAGUACGUGUGUGAGAAAUCAUUCUAUAGCUUCACAUAAAAAAGUUUAUGUUCUCUAAACAAUAAGGGCUUUUUCACCUCUACCAAGUUAUUGGACUGAAUUUUGCAGAAUUCUGAACCUGCAAUAUGCUACGCAGCAUCCAUUAGACAGCUAAGUAUACAGUAUCUGUCCCUAAAAGGUUUCAUAAACAAUUCUCAAGAAUGUUUUAAAACGAGUGUCCCUGAACGCCAAACAAUGUGAAUAUUUCUAACAACACGACAAUUGUAAAUGCUGUUUAUACUUUUAUUUUCUGCAGUGCUGGUGUACAUUAUGCAUAUUUAAAAAAUGACUUAAAUGUUCCUUUGUGGUUGAAAACUCAAUAAAAUAUUCAUAUCUAAAAGCA